AUGUCACAGAGUACUCCAGCACCCACUCCAAGCCGAGCCAACUACGGGUUUGCUUUAUACCUCGGCUCGUACACAGCCUUUGGGAUGUACCUCAUCUGGGCGGUUGUGCCUGACGAUGCACUCAAUUCUGUAGGCCUAACUUACUGGCCGCAAAAGUACUGGGCCAUCGCUGUCCCUGUACAUCUGCUUGUAACACUGGCACUCUUCGCCUUCUGUAUCUACCCUGCCAUCAACCUUACGCUGACUCCGCCGAUGAACGACAACCGAAUAAUCACCGACGAGUUUGCAGUGAAGCAAGACAGUGUGAAGUUCAGAGACAAAGGUAUUCCGCCUGUGUGCGACUUGCCCUUGGCAGAUGUUUGUAGACAUUUGUACAUGGUUGAUGAGGACUAAAGCGAAAACAGGGUAUUUUAUUUGUAAGUACACCUUUUUUUACUGAAAUAUAAAUAUAAGUAUUGCUACAA